GUCAGUUUCGUCAGCUCUUUCGGCUCCGUUGGACGCAGUGUUAGUCGUCUCCAUAUUUUGCCGCCUUCUUUUACUCCGUCAUUCAAUUUUAUUGUCGCCCCAAAAAACGAGUUUUACGUUUUCGGUUUCAGUUUCAAUUUCGGUUUCGAUUUAACUUUUGUGCUGUGUUGCGUUUUGCGCUGACUCCGAUAAAUAAAAAACUUUUGAAUAAAACAUUAAAUUAAAAAAAGAGAAUCUACAAAUUAAUUACAAAAAGUAGCUGAAAAUAAACAUCAAAAUGAGAGUCCCCACCAUGCUGUCGGAUAUUGAAAGUCUGCCCUCUAUUCAAUUGGGCGAUUUCACACUACAAUUUGAACUCGGCGAAGCCACUGCACCAACCAAGGAAGUUGCGGUGCGAGAGUUGCGUGAAUCUCCCGAAAGACAGAAAGAGGCAACUAAGGAGCUAAAGCGCCUAUUGGAGGCUGAAACCGAUCUCUACUGUCCCAAGGACAAUGAGGAAUGGCUAAUUCGUUUCCUACGGCCUUGCAAGUAUUAUCCUGAAAGUGCCCGCGACUUGAUCAAGCGGUACUACUCGUUCAAAGUGAAGCACUUGGACGUUUAUAAGGAUCUGAAGCCCACACGGGAAGCAAACAUCUUCAAAAACAACAUCCUCACAGUGUUUCCCAAUAGGGAUCAGUGUGGACGACGUAUUCUUCUUCUUGAACUGGGCAAACGCUGGAAGCACAAGCAGGUGACACUAGAUGAGGUCUUCAAGGGCGCUGUCAUUUUCCUUGAGGCCGCCAUGCUUGAGCCAGAGACACAGAUCAAUGGCGCCGUUGUCAUCUUCGAUAUGGAUGGCCUUAGCCUGCAGCAGACCUGGCAGUUUACGCCACCAUUCGCCAAGCGCAUUGUUGACUGGCUACAGGACUCGGUGCCGCUGCGCAUCAAGGCGAUUCACAUUGUAAACCAGCCAAAGAUCUUCAAUGUGGUGUUUGCCCUGUUCAAGCCGUUCCUGCGCGAGAAGCUGCGCAGUCGCAUCAUCUUCCACGGUACCGAUCGCGAAUCCCUGCACAAGUACAUGUCUCCCAAAUGUCUGCCAUCCUGCUAUGGCGGCAUCCUCGAGCUGCCCCGCAUCGAUGGCGAUCAAUGGUAUGAGCUGCUGCUCAUGUGCGAUGCCGAGUACGAAGCCAUCAAUUCAUAUGGUUACAAGAAGAAGUGAGCGGGGCCUUGAGCCCAGCAAUGUGCACAGCAAGUGAUAUUCUCUCUCGUAUAGCCACAACUCGAUUAAUUAAGUCAAUCAACUGUUAUACGCUUCUCCAGCCAACGCUUGCGAUAGUCCCUAGAGCCAAGAAGUUUGCCUUAGUCUUAAGCCAUAGAUUCCAACCUGGCAGUAAGUGUUAUAACUAUCAUAAUCAACUUUAAACAUAUUUAAAUGGGGCGAUGUAUACUUAUAGCUUGUUAUAUUUUAUGCUUUUAUAAUGUACUUACUUAGAUUGUAUAUUUACACAUAUAUAAAUCUCACUUCUAAUAUGGAAACAAA